AUGCUCGGAAAGGUUGCAGGCUGGUUCUCGUUGCUCCUGGCGCCGUCUCUGGACGCGCCCGCCGCCUGGGACGACUCGACAAUCGAAAAGCUGACCUACACGGUCUACAACUACACCCUCCAGGUCCCCUCGAUAAUCUCGAUCGGCAACGAGAUCCGGACGGGCCUCCUCUGGCCCCUGGGCGGCACCUCGUCGUGGUACAACAUCGCCGCCCUGCUGCACUCGGCCGCCUGGGGCAUCAAGGACAGCAGCCUGUCCCCCAAGCCCAAGAUCAUGAUCCACCUCGACAACGGCUGGGACGCCGGCACCCAGACGUGGUGGUACAAGCAGGUCCUCGGCCAGGGCCCCCUCGUCGCCUCCGACUUCGACAUGAUCGGCGUCUCGUACUACCCCUUCUACAACGCCCAGGCCACGCUCGCGAACCUCAAGAGCUCGCUCAACCAGCUCGCCUCCGCCUACGGCAAGCAGAUCGUCGUCGCCGAGACCAACUGGCCUGCUAGCUGCCCCAACCCGCAGUACGCCUUCCCUUCGGACGCGUCCAGCAUCCCGAAGAGCGAGGCGGGCCAGGCCACCUGGCUCAAGAGCGUUGGCGACGUGGUGAGGGCCGUCAAGGGUGGCGUGGGUGUCUACUACUGGGAGCCUGCGUGGAUCGGCAACGCGGGAUUGGGGUCUAGCUGUGCGGAUAACCUCUUGGUGGAUGGGUCAGGGAAGGCAAGAUCCGGGAUUGCAGCUUUGGGGUCCCUGUAG